UUUUCUAUUUCCAAAUGCUGACUCGAAUACCUCAGUUCACCUUAGUAGCGCAAAUGUUUGGCAGUUUUAGUUUACUAGUUAUUUAUUAUUUUAGUAUUUAUGCAUAUCCAUUUAGCAGUUUUUGAAGGUGGGAAUUUUUUUAAAAUAGAAUAAUUUUGUUUUUCAAAAAUAUAUGCAAUUUAAAAAAAAAAACACACACACACACACACAUAAACAAUUUUAUUCGUGGCGGUUGGGAAAAUGUUAUAUGAAAACUCUCUGGUGUCCGACUUGUUCGCCUCCGUGGUUUGCUGCGGCGUUAUAUUCGCGUUUCUCUUACUCUGGCAAGUAACCGCCAAAUGCGGCGUAGAUCAGAAACUGAAUAGGAAGCUUGUGCAUAUAAGUAUAGGGCUAGUUUUCAUGCUUUGCUGGCCAUUAUUCAGUGCAGGGUAUCGCGGAGCAAUUUUAGCAGCUAUCACUCCUGGUGUCAAUAUUAUACGAAUGCUUCUUAUCGGUUCUGGAAUUUGGAAAGAUGAAGCCACUGUGAAGUCAAUGAGCAGAUACGGAAACUACAGGGAACUUCUCAAAGGACCACUCUAUUAUGCUAUAACGGUUACUUUGGCUUGUGUGGUCUAUUGGAGGACUUCACCUAUUGGAAUUGCUGCCUUAUGCAACCUUUGUGCUGGAGAUGGUUUGGCCGAUGUGGUGGGAAGGCGAUUAGGUAGAAAGAAACUUCCUUACAAUAGGAACAAGUCCAUAGCUGGUAGUGUUGCAAUGGCAACAGCUGGUUUUUUGUCCUCUGUUGGGUACAUGUAUUACUUUUCUUACUUCGGUUAUAUUCAAGAUGGUUGGGGGAUGAUCUUGCGUUUCUUGGUUGUGUCUCUUGCCUCGGCGCUGGUAGAAUCUCUUCCGAUUAGCACCGAGCUUGAUGACAACCUCACCGUUUCAUUAACCUCAAUAUUUAUCGGCAGUCUCAUUUUCUGAUUCAAGAAUCAGUGUAAAACUUGUUGUAAGUUAUAUGGAAGCAUUGUUUUUUAGCUGCCAAUUUACUAAUAAAAAUUUGUUGUAACUUAACACAACUUAAAAGUAAGGCAUGAAAUGAUGAUUCCAUUGAUGGCAUUGAAGUUCAAGUCCAAA